UCCCCCACUCUCUCAGCUCGUACCUUACGCCCGGUCGCCCACAGCCUCUCCAUCUCGCCUUACGCUCUCGCGUUUCGCAUCUGCUUCCCCUGCGUCUGCGACAGUCGACUUGAGCAGCAGCUUCACCGGCGUCCAGCAAGUCGUGCUACUCCUUCCCCAUCUCGGCAUCUCCUUGUCAGCGUCCAGCGUCCAGCGACCAGCGAGCCGUGUGUCCGCCGUGCGUGAGUCCGUCCAGCAGCGACCACCUCUCCCCUCGCUGUGCCUGUGCGUUGAUUGUGAAGAGAAGCUGAUGGGAUCCUGCCCGCAGUCCAUUCGUUGGUUGAAGUAAUUGUACCAUUCCACUUAUAACUUUGUUUUCGGGAAGGUUGGCAUCUUCAUUGUGAAAUUGAAAGAUGCUAAUUCUCCAAGCUUCAGCCCUGCCUAGAUGCUUAUCACCUUUUUGUGCUACAGAAAGAGAUCCUAGUUUUUAUCUUUCUUCAUCAUUUAAUAUUCAAGAUUUAUCUUUUGACUCUACCAAUGUUACUUCUCGUUUGAGAUUGUUCUUGCAUUCCCCUGUACAUUUUCAUCGUGCCAUGCAAUCUGUACCUCCAUCUGCUGCUUCAAAAAUUCCUGUUCCAGAACCAGAACCUGAAGCUAGCUCCAGUUCCUCUCCAAGAGCUCAACGUAAGACCGGAAGCCGCAAACCAAAAAAUGAGGUACCUGAUGUUGAUGAUAAAAGUUCUGCCAAGUUCUCCUUAACAAUUCCAAGGAAGCCAAGGCGUGGGCGUAAAAGCGAAGCCAUGGCAGUUGAAGAUUUCAUUCGUGAUUCACUUGGUAGGACUUUUGCUUCAAUUCAGCAACAAAGCUCUGAUGUUUUGGAGAAUAAGGAAAACAUAAUGAAGGAAAGAAUUUCUGACGAAUCUAAUUCUGAGAGCAGUGAUGAUGAUGAUGGGGAGGAGGAGGAUGAUGAGGUGGAGGAGGAGGAUGAUGCUAGCAAUGGCAGAGAGAAGAAGAUGGUGAUUGAGGAAGAAAGUAAGAAUUGGCCCCUGGAUGCUGAUGUUGGUUGGGGAAUAAGAGCUUCUGAUUAUUUUGAACAGCAUCCAAUUAAGAAUGUUAUUGGGGAAGAUGGUGUUGAAAUUGACUGGGAAGGGGAGAUUGAUGAUAACUGGGUGCAAGAGAUCAACUGUUUGGAAUGGGAGAGUUAUGCUUUCCAUCCCAGUCCACUAGUUGUACUUGUCUUUGAAAGAUAUAACAGGGCGAUGGAUAACUGGAAAACUUUGAAAGAGCUGGAGAAAGCAAUCAAGGUAUACUGGGGUGCCAAAGAUCGGUUGCCUCCGCGGGCGGUUAAGAUAGACAUUAAUAUAGAGAGAGACUUGGCAUAUGCCCUUAAAGCCAGAGAAUGCCCACAAAUAUUAUUUUUACGUGGGAACAGGAUCGUAUAUAGGGAGAAAGAACACAGGACGGCAGAUGAGUUAGUUCAGAUGAUUGCAUUUUUCUAUUACAAUGCAAAGAAGCCUUCCUGGAUAGACGACACAGCAUUAUUUCUUAGAUAAUGAUGAGAUUUCAAGAUAUUCGCCCAAAAUUACUUCCAUAGAUUGAUUAGUCUUAGAUUAGAUAUUUCAUGUUUGCCAUGUUCUUUUUCUCCUGGGCCAUGAUGUUAUCUUGUCCAACUGGUCACAAGCGAAGUGAAGCCGUUUUAAUUCUCAUUAACUGACUUUGGCGAAUAUUACCCACAUGCUAUGAUGUACACAUGUGGUAAGAAGAUGUUAUUUGUGGAACGAAAUAAUGUGGGUAAUUAGUUAUGCCAA